CGCAUAAUGUGAAUAACCCGGAUGUAAACGUCAUUGUUGAGAGACCUCAGUUCACCAAAACAAACUUUUCUGUCUUAAUUUUAGUCGUUAAUUAUUGAAUUUUCGUUUAUUUCGUUGUUAAAUAAUUUAUUUACGUUACUGCAAUGUCAACACCUGCUAGAAGACGGUUGAUGAGAGAUUUCAAAAGAUUACAAGAAGAUCCACCAGCUGGUGUUAGUGGUGCUCCUACUGACAACAAUAUUAUGCUUUGGAAUGCAGUUAUUUUUGGACCACAUGAUACUCCCUUUGAAGAUGGCACAUUCAAAUUAACAGUUGAAUUCACAGAAGAAUAUCCAAAUAAACCCCCAACAGUUCGAUUUGUUUCUAAAAUGUUUCAUCCUAAUGUAUAUGCCGAUGGAAGUAUAUGUCUAGAUAUAUUACAAAACAGAUGGAGUCCAACAUACGAUGUGUCAGCAAUAUUAACUUCAAUUCAGUCACUGUUAGAUGAACCUAACCCAAACAGCCCAGCGAACAACCUUGCAGCCCAACUCUACCAGGAUAACAGGCGAGAGUAUGAGAAAAAGGUCAAGGCCAUUGUGGAAGAAAGCUGGAUCUAUCAUGGCGAGGUCUCUAAUACCUGAAAUGAAUGACGUGGUCAUUAUCAGCUUCGAUUUCUGAUUUCGAGCAUGUAAAAGUGGAUAUCUGCAUGGAUUUUCUGCCUUAGGGGAUUUAACUCUCAGUUAUUCUGAUUUCUUAAAAUUCUUUAAAAAAUAUUUAUAUUUUGUGUUAUACAUGUUUCGAAUUGUAAUGAUGAACUGGACGCUGAAAUGCAAAAAAAUGGUAGCCUGAAAAAAACAACAAAAAAACAUUUUGUUAUAUAUCAUGACUCUGUUUCUCUUUAUGAACAUUUUUUUAAUACAACAUGGGGAUAUUUUUAUUGUAAAAGUAUACCGGUAAUACUUGUACAGUGUAUACAAUUGUAAGACUGCUGUGGCACAGGUAACUCUCUGUGGAAAUUCUCAUUUAAAGCACUCGGUACCCUCUGGAUUGGUCUUCAGCUUGUUAUAAAAGCUGGCACUCGUAUUAAUGUAUGGAUAUGAUUGUCACCCUUCUCUCAUUGUGAUAUUUGUGAUUUGAUUACUGAGAGACAUUUUUUUGUUGUUUUUGUAAUGUUUUAUUUUGGCUGGUAUGAAUGUGCUGCCGUUUAUAUCAGCUGUCAUUAUGAAUAAACAUCUUUAUUGUAUACAAA